AUGUGUUUAACCAGAUUUGAACAGGUUUAUUGUCCACAAAAAAACUGCCGUGGAAUGGGAUACUGUAAAAAGUGCUAUGGACAUAAUACAACAAAGAGACAUUGCAUAUGUUGCGAUUGUGGAAAAGGAAAUUGUGAACGAGACAAAGAACAUAUUCGAGAAGUCCUCAAAAAGGGUGGUGAAGAUGACGGCCAGGAAGACAGUGAUGACAGUGAUGACAGUGUCAAUGAGUUGACAUCAGCUAUACAAAAACUUAGCGCCAAGUAG